UCCCAUCGACCUUGACCUCUCAUUUGUUGAUAUAUCCAUAGCGCCAUGGCAAGGUUUCAGAAAGAUGAACUAGGUUAAGGUGAUCCCACCCCAGGAUCUUUGUGAUCACUGAAUCACAGGAUCAAACAUCAUGACCAAGAGCUUGUUUGCAGUUCUUGGCGUGAAGCCAGGGGCAACAGAGGAUGAGAUAAAAAAAUCAUACCGGAAUCUUGCCCGGAAGUACCAUCCUGACAAAAACAAAGAACCUGGUGCUGAAGAAAAGUUCAAGGAAAUCUCUGCAGCAUAUGAUCAUUUAAAAAGUGCUGAUCGACGGGAAAUGCAUGAAAGACAGGUCAACAAACCAAAAGAAGAGCCCAAAAAGUCCUUCACCAAAUCAAAGCCAGGUGGUAGUUACAACACAACCUUUACAUCAUCUGCAGGAAAAGAUGAUGGCAAAGCAUACAGUGGCGCAUACUCAAAACCUGCUGGGACUGGGAGUCACACAUUUACCUCACCAGAUGAAGAUUUCAAUUUUACAUUUUUCUCAUCAAAAAAUUCAAACAGAAAAAGUAAACAGAAAAAAAAUAAAAGCAAAACACAGAAACCAUGGAGCCAGGAUUGGAACAUCCCGGAUGAUGCUUUUCCUGGAGACUUUGAGGCUGGCUUUCCAGGAUUUGGUUCAAAUUCUGGAACAUUUUCCUUUGCUUUUAAAUCUUUUGUUGAUGACCUGGAUGCACACUUCUCAACGUUUUUUGCUAAGAGCCCAUUCGAUUUUUCAACAUUUCAUGGUGGAAUGGAUCCUUUUGAUGACAUAUUUGUUGGCAAAGCAAACAAGCAUCAAAAGAAAUCACACAGCAAGAAGGAGAAGCAAAACAUUGCACCAGAGCAUGGUUACAAUGGUGGAUUAAGUGGCGAAUACAUAUUUUCUCCUCGACAGAAUACUGAACCAUCAUCUGAUGAGGACAAUGAGCCAGGAUUCCGAUUCAGUUCCGAUUCUGAAGAUGAUGAUGGCUAUUCAGAACCAAGAUUCAAGUGUUCGUUUUGUGGGAAAAGGUUGAAGCUGGAGGCAUUAAAUGCUCACGAACCUGCAUGUGAGAGUAGACAAAGAAAGGCCCCGUUUGAAGACAAUCCUUUUGGGGGUCGUUAUGCAAAGCCUAAUGGGAAAGACUGGCGAGACACACAUGAAGAUUUACUGAGAAACAUACGUCGUGCCAGACGAGCUGCAAAAAUGACGAAGGAUGACAGUGACUUAGGGCCUGUGGUGUGUAGAUAUUGCGGCCGGUCAUUCAGUAAGACUGCUGCUGACCAUCAUAUCCCAUUCUGUGAGAAGUGGACGAAAGAUCAUGGGACACCCCUCAACCCCCAAAGUAAAUCAGCUGGCACCAGUACAGGCAGCAAGCAGGAACGUGCCAAGGAGUAUUCACGUUCUGUUCCAAAGCCGAAGUUUAGAGCUGACACAGAACACAAUGUAACCUCACCACGAUCUGAUUGGAGCAAGACAAGUUUUCCUGAUCCUUAUUCAGGACAAAGGAGGGAGACCAUGGACGAGCCAUACAUUUUCAGCGGUGCGGGACUGAGCUCACCACGCUCCACCAAACCUCCUCCCCGAGCCAGGCCAAGGACCCCCAGAUUUAAUGAUACCCCUCCAAAAGAAGAUGUAAAAUUCCCAGCUCCUAAAGGACCUACAACUUCAAAUCGAGUGCACAGGGAACGCAAGCCUUCAAUGAAUGUUAGAUUUUCAACGUGAUGGAGAUCAGCAUCACAUAGCCAGGAGAGAUGAACACUGCUGACAUUUUCUUGUUUGUGUGAAAUUUUAUCCAGAGUUUGUUCCUUAUGAAUAAUUUCCUAGACAUGAUUUUGCAUACAGUUAUGAUAUGGGACACAGCUCGAAUUCUUUUUAUUUCUUAAUUAUCUCCUUGGAAACAUUUUUUGUAAAAUGUUCUCAGAUUUUGUUUCAUUAAAUGAAUUUAUUUACAAGUAAAGCACCAAGAUGAAGAAGAGGUAAUGAGAUUAUUUAUUGGCCGAUUAAUUUUAAUAAAUAUACGAAAGUCAACUUCACUAUUGUAAUAGGAGCUCCUUAACUUGCAAUUUAUACAGUUAAGUGCAGCAGACUGUUUUCUCCAUGAUACAAAAUACAUUUUCAGGAGACAAAUGCCUUGUUCUACUUUGGAGGUUAAACAAUAUUUCUGUUAUAUCUUAAAGUUGAGUUAUUGCAGUGGAAAAAAGGAGAUUAAAAUUGAUGUGUCAUUAUUUCUUUUUCUCCUCCGAUCAAUGAAGUUGAUGGGGGAUAUAGAAAUUGUCCAUCCAUCCGUGCACCUCAAGGAAAAUGUUAAGUCUUGGUAACCGUGUUCGAUGACAUUUUAUGGAACACAUGUUGUGGAUGCUAAAUGACCUAAAUCCUAUGCUAACAUCACUUAAUUGAUGUCACAUGAUGAAGACUGUUAUCUGUACAUGUGUAACAUAUGAUUUAAGUGCUGCCUGAUAUAAUGGUCACUCUAUGAAACACGUGUGGUUGAUGCUGAAUUUGAAUUCAGUGACUUGUUUAAGAAGAAAUGUUCUAUGUAUAAGCUGAAGAAGAAAUUGUUUUGUCCGGGUACCUAGAAUUGCUUGAUUACACAGUUAAAUAUGUUUGUAAACUCAAUAUGUUUGUCAUCACUUUGCGGCAUUUAAAAUACAAGUGUUCAUGUUUGCACUUACCUUAAUACACUGAGAUGAUUCCUAAAGGGAUAUAGCAAUAUUAUAGCACUCUGUACCCAUUCAAAGUUGUGUUGUAUGCUACAUCCUAACUUGGGUGUAUAAUCCUGACUUGUUGACAUCAUCUGGUUAUUGCUGUUGUGAAAAAAAUUGAACCAGCUAUAAAUCCUGAUUAUUGAUACAUGAA